AUGUGGGACUCAGAAUGCGAUUCAGAAAGCUGCAAAAUCGAAGGAGAAAAAUUUUGGGACGGUUUGAGCGAAAUUAAAAGGCUAGAAACAACCAUCGCACACAGGUCAAAAUUUUGGCCAGAAACAUGCGAAGAUUUGCAACCAGAAGACUGUCAAAAAGAAUGCAAAGAUCAAGGGGUUGGGGAUAUAAUCGUCGAGAUUUUCCCGCCAACCUGCGAGGAAACCUGCGGAAGCAUGGAAAGAAACGAGCAGGCUGCUUCGAUAACGGAAAAAUUUAUUUGGAUGCUGGUCCUUGCCGAGCUUUUGAUCUUGAUCAUUUGGUCGAUCGAUGUUCUUGUCGAUGACGAGAAAAAAGACCCGUAUCAAGCAGCGCACUCCUUCCCAACGCUCGGAAUCAAAAUCGACAAACAUCUCUUUGAAAACAACGAAAUCUUAUUCGGCUCAAACAACCUCAACUUCGCCUCUAGCUCUAGAAUCGCCGCCGCCGUCAUUCACAAAGACUUCGACAACAUGAACUUAAUGAACGACAUCGCUCUUCUGAAGCUAGAAACGCCAGGUCAAUUGGAAGCUGGUGAUGAAAUUUGUAUUCCAGAGAAUAAUUGGAACAUGGACGAUGAUUUCCCAUUUGCGACUGAAGCGUUCGUUGCUGGCUACGGUGUCACGAGCUUUGGAGGGUUCGACAAGCAAACGCAGCUUCGAGAAGUGCGAGUUCCCCUCGUCGAUGACGUCACUUGCGAAAACAAGUACGACAAUCUUGGCUUUGGCAACGUCGUCAUGCUCGACGACGCCACCAUUUGCGCCGGCUUCCCGGACGGCUUGAAUCAAGACGACAACGAGGCGGACUCGUGCCAGGGCGAUUCCGGGGGCCCGCUCGUUCAAUUCGACGAAGACCACGGCUACCAUCAAGUCGGAAUCGUUUCAUGGGGCUUCGGUUGUGCCUCGACGUAUGGAAUUUACACCCAAGUUGGGAACUAUGUCGACUGGCUGAAGGAAGCGAGGAAUUCUUUGGACAACUGCAGCUCGAGCUCGGAUUGCCUCGAUCCGGCGAAAGUUGAGUCGACGAAACCAAAACCAACAGCAGCUGUGCAAGUCACUCAAUCCGGGUCGGGAUCCACCCUCAUGUGCAAAAUGAAAAAAGGUCGAAUCGAGCCGCUCCGCGCCGGCUGCCGAAACUGCAAAGAAAUGAAAAAGAACAAAUGCACCGGAAACCCGAAUGAUCCCCUUCAAUGCAACGGUGUGGAAGUGCACAAAACUUGCAAAAGCUGCAAAAACUUCAAAAAGGGAAAAUGCAUCGGCUCCCCUUGUCGGCUCAGCUCGGGCAUUGUUUCGCUACCCGCCGGAUGCAAAAAUUGCAAAAUGCUGAAAAAGAAUAAAUGUGGCGCUGUUCCCGGAAAAUUCACGAAAAUGUAA